AUGCCGACCGGUGCUUGCCUCUGUGGUAAGAUCAGGUAUGAGUUUGAAGGAGAGCCAUUGAAGAUUCUCACCUGCCACUGUGCGCAGUGCCACAAGUCGACGUCGACCAUGUUCAGCACGGGCAUCUUCCUGCUGGACACGCAGUUUAAACUUCUGGCGCCGUCGGAGCCGACCAUGCUUCGGACCUACUCGUACCCGCAGACGUCGGACGGCUCCCUCCAGACCCUGCACUUCUGCGGCGUCUGCAGCACCACGGUGUGGAGGACGGGCGCCGCAGACAAGUACGCCGGCAUGUUAAGCGUGCAGCUGGGCACACUGGACGAGCCGCAGGUCAGGAACCAGCUGACUCCGAGCGUCGAGUACUACGCCAGCUUGCGGACGAAGUGGGUAUCGCCGAUCGAGAAGACGGAGCAGGCAGAGGGAUGCUGA